GACACAACAAUUUCUAACUUAUAAUACACUCAGUGGGGUUUUCGGAGAUGCAUAUCCGAAAUAAUGUUGUUUAAAUAGUUUAAAAUGCAUUCAUUGGAGAUUUUUAGAGAUGUAUCUCUGGACACUUUUUUUCACAAAAAAUGAGGUGGAUGCUUAAUUCACGCAUAAUAAAAUAAUUUAAGGUGCGUUCAGAGAUGCAUCUUCAAAAAUAUCUAAGAACAAUUUUGAAUUUUCAGAGAUGUGAGUCACUCUUUAGAGUUGAGAUAAAAAACUCUCAUACCUAAUUUCCCAAAAGUCAUUUUCAAAAAAUAAUAAUUUUUCCAAAUUAACAAAAUUUUAAAAUUCAAUAUUAUUGUAAAAAAACAUUUUCAAUUAAGCUUAACACUAAAAAAUGGUUUGUAUACCAUCAAUAAAAAAUGGUUGGGUUAACCAAACCACUUUUUAAAUAGUACUCCAUUGAUGAACCGUUCAAACUGGAGUUCGAGGUAAGUAACUCUUUUCUUAUUGUCAUGUGAAGAGAACCCUAAUCAAUCAUACAUUCUCCUUUGUGUUCUUCACCAACCCCAGCCAGGUAAAAAAAACUAAUUGAAUGAAUUGAAAGUUUUGUUGUGUGAUUGCUCAACUACUAUAAUCCUUUUAUUUUGAUUUGGUGAAGAUAGAAAUCCUCGUAGUAAUUUGCGUGAGCGUGAUCACUGCAUUUUUUCUGAUUAUUCUCUUCUGAAUGCAGAUAAACUUGCAUUGCAUUGCACCCUUUGAGAUUAUACAAUUGCCAAAAAUGAUUUUGGAUAAGAAAGACAUUGUGGAAACUCAUUAUGAGGUUCUCGAUGUCAAGGAGGAUGCAAAUUACGAAGAAAUUCACGGUAGUUACCGAAUUGCUGCACUUAGUUUACAUCCUGAUAAACUGUUGAACACGUCUGAUUCAUCAAGCAGUGAUCAAACAAGUGCAGAGAGAUUUCUCACAGUACAUAAAGCAUGGGAAAUUCUAAGCAAUUCAAUUUCUCGUUUAUUAUACGACAAGAAGCUGCAAAGUUCAAGGCGGGAGGAUUUAUUGGCUUCUGAGGUUGCUGAAGAGUUAAGCUUACAUGAUAUGACAGCUGAAGAUACUGGUGAAGCAUUGGAACUGUUUUAUCAAUGUCGAUGUGGUGAUUACUUCUCUGUGGAUUCGUUGGAGUUGCAGAAAAUGGGGUAUUUCUUGUUGAGAGAUGGAAGCAGUGUGUCUAUAUGUAAUGCUGAUGCUUUACCGGGAUCGGUGAUUCUUCCUUGUGGAUCGUGUUCGUUGAAAGCUCGGCUUGUGCUCGGUAUAAAUGAUAGUUGAAAUUAUUAACAUUUUUGGCAUGAUUGGUGACAAUUACAAUUGAGAACAUGUUUGGAUAGAGAUAAUAAAUUAAUGAAGUUGGCCAUUGUUGGAAAAUUUCCUGGGGCUGAAACCUGUAAGUGUCAUUUUCUAUGUUGAAUUUUGAAAUUAGAAUUAAUGCAUAACUUCAGACGUCUUGUCUAUUUAGGCAAAUUUAUACAUGUAUUUUCCGAACAUGUUAUCAAGUUGUAAAUUAAUGACAAUGAAUUCAAUUACUCAAACAUCGACAAAUUUAUACAAAAUACUUUACAACAUAUCUCAGUAAUUCUAGACAUCAUGAUUUUCUUAGACAAGAUUAUAAUGAAAUUAUAUUCAUA